CUUUUCCAUCGUUUUCUGUCCUGAGAUUCGGAGGUUAGAAACAUGACUCGCAAACGCCGUAAUGGAGGACGGGCUAAGCACGGCCGUGGCCACGUUAAGGCUGUGAGAUGCACCAACUGCGCGCGUUGCGUGCCUAAGGACAAAGCUAUCAAAAAGUUCGUGAUCAGGAAUAUUGUCGAAGCGGCUGCCGUCAGGGAUAUCAACGAAGCUUCCGUAUAUGCAUCAUUCCAGCUGCCGAAGCUGUAUGCAAAGCUCCACUACUGCGUCUCCUGCGCCAUUCACAGCAAAGUUGUGCGCAACAGGUCUAAGAAGGACAGGAGGAUCCGUACACCACCCAAGAGCACCUUCCCCAGGGACAUGCAGCGCCCACAGAAUGUGCAAAGGAAGUGAAGUGAUUUACAAUAAAUUUUAAGAAAAUCCCAU